CCCCUGCUACUACUAUAGUCCACAUCACUCUCCCUUCCCUUCCUGCACAUAAAGCUCCCAACUUUAAGCUCCAAGAACCACAGAUCAAGCAUCCCCAGAUCCACAUUUAUCAUCCUCAUCUCUCAAUCCCACUUUACUCUUCGAUUUGAGGAGCUGCGCAAUCCGAAAUGAGUAUGUACGGUAGGGACCCAUGGGGCGGGCCGCUGGAGAUCCACGCCAACGAUUCUGCCACCGACGACGACCGGAGCCGGAACCUGCAGGACCUGGACCGGGCGGCGCUGUCGAGGUCGCUGGACGAGACGCAGCAGAGCUGGCUGCUGGGCCCCACGGAGCAGAAGAAGAAGAGGUAUGUUGAUCUGGGCUGCAUAAUUGUGAGCCGGAAGGUGUUCAAGUGGACUGUCGGCAGCGUCCUCGCCGCCGCCGUUUUGGUCGGGUUGAUUGUCCUGAUUGUCAAGACGGUGCCUCGCCACCACCGCCCCAAUCCGCCGCCGGAUAAUUACACUCUUGCCCUCCACAAGGCCCUCAUGUUCUUCAAUGCUCAGCGCUCGGGGAAACUACCGAAGCACAAUAAUGUGUCGUGGAGGGGUAAUUCAUGUAUGCGGGAUGGCAAGUCUGACGAUGCGACGAUAUUUAAGGAUUUGGUUGGUGGCUAUUACGAUGCAGGAGACGCGAUCAAGUUUAAUUUCCCGCAAUCUUUUGCUCUUACCAUGUUGAGCUGGAGCGUGAUUGAAUACAGUGCGAAAUAUGAAGCCGCGGGAGAGCUGAACCAUGUAAAGGAUAUAAUUAAGUGGGGGACUGAUUACCUCCUCAAGACCUUCAAUUCCUCUGCUGAUACUAUUGAUCGGGUUGUUGCCCAGGUUGGAUCGGGGGAUACUGCAGACGGGAGCACAACUCCUAACGAUCACUAUUGUUGGAUGCGUCCCGAGGACAUCGACUAUGACCGGCCUGUGUUUGAGUGCCACAGUUGCUCCGAUCUUGCUGCCGAGAUGGCUGCUGCACUCGCAUCUGCAUCCAUCGUGUUUAAGGACAACAAGGCCUAUUCACAGAAGCUUGUCCAUGGCGCUCGAACUCUCUUUAAGUUUUCUAGGGAUCAGCGCGGGAGAUACAGUGCCGGUGGAACUGAAGCUGCGGUUUUCUAUAAUUCCACUAAUUAUUACGAUGAGUUUGUCUGGGGUGCAACCUGGCUGUAUUACGCUACCGGAAAUUCUUCCUAUCUUCAGCUUGCCACAACUCCGGGUAUAGCUAAACACGCAGGGGCAUUUUGGGGAGGCAAAUAUUAUGGUGUGAUGAGCUGGGAUAGCAAGCUUGCUGGAGCUCAAGUGCUUCUGAGCCGUUUGAGAUUAUUUUUGAGCCCGGGAUAUCCUUACGAAGAAAUUUUGAGUACAUUCCAUAACCAGACUAGCAUAGUCAUGUGCUCCUACUUGCCAUUAUUCACCUCGUUUAACUUCACAAAAGGAGGCUUGAUACAGCUGAACUAUGGAGCGCCUCAGCCUCUUCAGUAUGUAGCCAAUGCAGCGUUUUUGGCCGCCUUGUUUAGUGAUUAUCUAGCAGCCGCCGAUGCUCCUGGAUGGUAUUGUGGACCCAAUUUCUACUCGGUUGAUAUCCUGCGUAAUUUUGCUGAAUCACAGAUCGACUACAUCCUUGGCAAAAACCCGAGAAAGAUGAGUUAUGUUGUGGGCUUUGGCAAUCACUAUCCGAAACACGUCCACCAUCGGGGUGCAUCAAUCCCUAAAAACAAGGUGAGGUACAACUGUAAAGGAGGAUGGAAAUGGAGGGAUUCCAAGAAGCCAAAUCCAAACAUCCUUGUCGGAGCCAUGGUUGCCGGUCCAGAUGCGCACGAUGGGUUCCACGAUGUCCGCACCAACUACAACUACACGGAGCCGACGCUUGCUGGCAAUGCCGGACUGGUGGCUGCCCUUGUUGCUCUAUCGGGCGAAAGGAGCACUAGAAUUGACAAAAACACAAUAUUUUCUGCGGUGCCUCCUAUGUUCCCCACCCCGCCGCCCCCUCCGGCCCCUUGGAAACCUUGAUGGCCGAGGGUUACACUUCCAAUUUUUAUUUUUUUUUCAUGUGUGACUAUAGGUUGAUUUGAUCAUGGCCUCGUUGCGACAUCACGAAGGUCUUAGGUCUUAUAGACUAAGACGAUGACACCCGGAGUGGAUUCUUGGCUAAACUUCAACUUGAAAGAGGGGAGACUCCAGAAGAAAUGCAGAGUGUGUUAUUUGUUUGUGUGAAUGUGUCAUGUCCAGAGUAUAUAUGUAAUGUUAUAACAAAUUUAGUGAUGUAUUCUUUAAAAAUUGAAAACGGAAGUUGAACAACAAAGUUUUGAAUUUGUUCUAGAAUAAAUUCUUACAAUUUGCAUGUCCA